UUAAACAUCUCAGUGUGGUGGUUGUGUUGCCACCGCUGUGUGUUUUAUUUAAACGUCACAUUUCAACUUGUCUCUAUGUAAACAUUGUUAAGGGCCGACAUGGGCAAAGUUCACCUGGUCGGCUAACACCAUCAUGGAGGUAAACGACGUGGCGAGGUGCUGCUGUGUUGUUACCUUGACUGAGGCUUUUUCUGCUCGUGCGCCCUUAAGCUUUAGCGGCGUUGUUAUCUAUCCCAGCACCGGAGUGGUGAUAAGCACCGGCCUGCCGUUUUUUCGUUUCAUUACAGACGAAAAGUCCACUGAUGCUAGCGAGCGUCGCUUCCUUUUACGUCACAACUUCCGCGACAACCUUAAAAUUGGCGUCAGCUUUCCUUCCCGGGGUCACGUUGAGGCCAAUGCAUGCGGAGUUGGUGAAAUUCGCUCACCCAGUAGAAGCUACAGGGCACAGGAGCAUGAAGCCGAGUUGCUGAUGCUGGUCAACUGUGUGGAGUUCAAACAGACUUUCCAGGCACUUUUCCAUCAGGCUGACCAGUGGCGUUUCCACGGCGACGAGGAUGACGACCUGAUCCGCGAUGCCGACUACCUCAGCUGGUUUGCUGUGCUCAAGGCGAGAGCGCCACACCCGGGCGCCGUCUCCUGGCGGAGGAGCUCGUCUCUUCAGAAAGGCUCCCCGGUAGUCGCCUGCGGCUCGCCGUUCGGUUCCCUCUGCUCGGACCUCUUCAACGGCACCGUGAGCAGGGGCGUCAUCAGCAACCUGGCGGGUGAGCACAACGCCAUCAUCCUCACAGACGCCCGCUGCUUGCCCGGCACGGAGGGCGGCGGCUUGUUUGUGAUGGAAGAUGAUCGCCUGCACCUGGUCGGGGUGAUCGUGUCGCCGUUCGGCUGGAAGGCCAACGAGUGGAUUGGACUCACGCUCGUCUGUUCCGUCCACUCGAUCCUCAGGAACGUUGUCCAGUGCGCUGACAUUGGGGAUCCGCUCCGAGAUGUCUGGCUUCACCCCACAGAGGUCUUCACGACCCGAAAGUCAAAUGUGGGCGAGUACCCGAUUGUGUGCUUGGUGGACAGCGGACACCAGUGGGGUUCAGGGGUCCUCGUGACAUCGGAGCUGGUUUUAACCUGCCGACACGUUGUCAAUGGGAAGUCCACGGUCGCUCUCAAGUUCUACCACAAAGACAGAGUCCUCGACAGCGUGGGCAACGUCCUCUUCUCCACUAAAGCGUCGUCACCCUACGAUGUCGCUGUGGUGCGGCCCAGGGAAUCCAUCUUGGAUGUCGUCGUCCCUCGAAUGGCUCACGAGUUCAACACAGGUGAAUGUGUGUUGGUGGUGGGCUAUGGCGGGCUGGGCCGCCGGUGCGGCCCGUCACUGACCUGCGGUGUCCUCUCUAAAGCCAUCAGUCUCCACCGCCAGACCAUAAUGUUUCAGACCACUUGCGCAGUUCAGGCAGGGGCGAGCGGGGGCGCUGUGGUGCGAGCAUCUACAGGAGAGCUGCUAGGGAUCGUAUCCAGCAACACGAGGGAUUUGUCCGCCAAGGUAACCUACCCCCACCUCAACUUCUGCGUUCCAGUGAGCGUGCUGCAGGGACCGCUGCACCGCUUUAGUCGGCUUGGGGACGUGACGGCGUUUGACGCGCUGGAUGCCUCAGAGGAACAAGUGAAAAGGGUGUGGAGGCUACAAGAUACACAAAGCAAACUGUAGGUGCAAUGUGACAAUGCCCACAGAGCCAGAACGACAAUUUGACAUAUGAACACUGGAAUGGGCCUGUUUGGUACAAAAUAAGUGAUACAAUGAACUCCACAUAAAUUACAUUCACGAGCAGAAGACAAGUUUAACACUUCCACAGUAUUCUAGCAAUACCGAUAAAAUACCACUAGGUGACAAUAUCGCUCUGCAAACACCUUCCUCCUUUAGUGUCUUCAAAGGGUGAGUAUUUCAUUUUUAUCUUUAGUAGUCAAGGUCUCGUUGGGUACCUUGAAUGGCGGUUAAGAUUGUGACUAAAAGGGGACAUGUUAUGGAAAACUGACUUUUGUUUCUACAGUAUAUAUAGAAAAACUCAGAGAAACAAAAAGAAAAGAUAACCUAGAAAAUAUUUUGUUGUUUGCUAAUUUCUAAAAAUGUCUUGAGUCUUGCUGAGUUGUGAUGGCUCGUUUACAUAAUAGCUGCCCCCAUACUGAGUUUCUCCACCCAUGACUUGGCAAAGAUCUGCCAUUUUCAAAGCACGGAUGGACUGAAUGGAAAAAUUAUGUCAAAGCCAAAAGAUACGCAGAGCUGCAAUGUUAGGACAGAUUAGCAUUUAGCGUGUGAUAAACGGCACAUACUUAAAUGUUUGAUGAAACGGGGGGUAUUUAUGCUUGGCCAUGUGUUCGCUUUAUGCGCCACAUGCACCUAUCGGCUACACUAAUUGACUAGUAAUUUGGCGGCUUGGGAUGAAGUGCUGCAUCCAUGAGUGAAAAUUCAAAUUAUGUAAAUUUUUCGCUUUAUACUCCGAUGUUUGAGAACAAGAAGCCACUCGCUUAGUUGCAACAAGGUAGCGCCGCCCCCGGUCGUCCGGGUUAUGAAAGCCCAUUGGCCCCGUAGUACACAUGGGCCGGGUGAGCAGUAGCUCAUUUAUAUGAGACAGAACCGCCCACUCAAAACUAAAUGAUUUCAACCCGAGUGUUACAAGUUGAUGUGUGCCAUAAUCUUUUAACCCUUGUGUUUUUGACAGACAUUUUAAAUUGUGAAAAAAUGGCAAAUAUGUCUUCUUUAAAACAUUGCCUGUACAAAUCAAGUGAUUGAAAAUAAAAGCUACUCGUGUAUCAGCAUGUAACAUUUUGCUAUAUUAUGUGCAAUAUUGUAACAGCAAUUUUCUUAUUUUUUUGACAGUCCAUGGCACUGUAGCUUAUAAAUAAGUGUUUGGAAACUUGUUUGCUCAACCAUA